UAAUGUCAUAUAUAGGAAUCAAUACAUCAGGUGGCAUCAACCCUUGCAUCACAUUCUAUGAAAGAAUGUAAGCCUGCAUCAAUAAAGAAAAUCUACCAAAUAAAAUGUGUGCAAUUGAAGGAUUAGAUUUCUUAGAAUGUGUUAAUAGAAGAAAAUAAGUAAUGCAAAAAAUGAAUUAUUAUAGUAUGCACUCAAUUACAAAAUUUAAUAGGAAUUGCACAAGAAUAGAAUAUUAGUAUUACCAACUUAUGAUGUUGAAAAUGAUAGGUUUGUAUCAAAAUAUUAAAAUGCAACAGAAGUGUUUUAAUAAAAGCAUUGAA